UGGAUGAAACAAGAAUGCAAUCAAAAUGGCCUUAUUGAUCUGAAUGAUCCUAAGGGGCAACUGAUACAAUUCUGUAAUGCCAUUAUCUUUGACAGGAAGUUUUAUGCACUAAGUUUGCAGGGGACCCUUGCACUAAUAGAAGAGAGUGAUGAAUCUCAGUUUCAAGUCACGCGAUUAAGUAGAAAACAAGCCAUUCCUUCAAACUACUCAAAGCGGUUUAUUGAGUACUUUCUUGAGUCUAAUGGGGAAAUCUUGCUCAUUUUCUUGAUCUCAGAAAGAUCAAACGGGAUAGUGGACAAAGUGGAAGUGUUCAAGCUGCAGAUUGAAGAUUUGUCAUGGUUAAAGCUGGACAACCUUGGAGAUAGAACGUUAUUUGUGGGGAUUAAUUGUUGUAUGUCAGUGCCUGCAAGUCAAGUUGGCUGCAGAAACAACUGUGUCUAUUUUACUCAUCAUUCCAUUGAUGGUUGGAGACUGUAUGAUAUGAGAAGUGGUUACAUUACCCCUUGUUAUGAUGAUGCUGGUUCCGAGAUUAAAAACCCAACUUGGGAGGAGCCAAUAACUGGAAAAUCAUCACGACGAUGA